AAGAAAAUGAAAUAAAAUUCAAGAAGUUGAUGAUAUCAACAAAAUGCAUAUUAAUUAGCUAACUUACCAGUCAAACUAUCAAACUACCAUUCUUUUACGAAUUUUAUCAGCCUAUUUUAUUUCAUUUUUCAGAUUUCUAGCUCAUUGCUAACAUAUCAAUCUUUGAAAAGCCUUCUCUAGUGCUACACCAAAUAAUUUUCUCAAUUUUUCCAUUGAUCAGCUAAGCUAUGGCAAGGAAUAAGAGUUUACAAGCUAAACUGGUACUUCUAGGAGACAUGGGAACCGGGAAGACGAGCUUGGUUCUUAGAUUUGUCAAAGGUCAAUUUUCAGAAUACCAGGAAUCAACAAUUGGAGCAGCGUUCUUCACACAGGUUUUGUCUUUAAAUGAAGCCACUGUGAAGUUUGAUAUAUGGGACACAGCAGGGCAAGAACGAUACCACAGUUUGGCUCCUAUGUAUUAUCGUGGUGCUGCUGCUGCGAUUGUUGUAUAUGACAUUACAAGCAUGGAUUCUUUUGUACGUGCAAAGAAGUGGGUUAGAGAAGUGCAAAGACAAGCAAAUCCAAAUUUGAUAAUGUUUUUGGUGGCAAACAAGGCUGAUUUGGAAGACCAGAGAAAAGUAGGAAAUGAGGAGGGUGAGGAAUAUGCCAAAGAAAAUGGCAUGUCUUUCUUUGAAACUUCAGCAAAAACAGCACAGAAUGUCAACGAGCUCUUCUAUGAAAUAGCUAAGAGAUUGGCAAAAGCCAACCCUUCACGUCAAACUGGAAUCAAGCUGCAUAGCAGAACUCAAGAAACUAGAAGAAGAUUGUUUUGUUGUGUUUAAGCUUAAGGACAUGUCUUUAAUCUUUUGUAAGACAAGUGCUAUAUUGUACUCAUAUAAACUCACUCAAGAAGAACAUAUGUUUGUUCAGUGUACAUUGUAAGAUCUCACCCAAAGUGUGUCUCAUAAUCAGAUGGCAACAUUUGGCAAACUUCUCAUUGUAAGCUCUCACAGGCAAAGCUUUUUUCUUUAACUUUUUAAUGCUAUCUUGUUCAUUUA